AUGUUCCGCGUGGCGCCCGCGACCCAGCAGCGAAGCCCCGCGGCCAGCAAGGUGCUGGCGCGGGAGCUGCUGCGCAACGAGUGGCGGCCCUUCUACGCCGGAUUCCGCGUCAUCGGCCGCGCACAGCGGCUCCUGGGCUGCUGCUUCCUCGAGAACCUGGCCUCGGCCGAUCCGCAGCGCGUGCGGGCCAAGAGGGCGAGCCUCUACCUGCUCUACCCGCUCUGCAUAUGGUGCUACCACUUGACGGUCGGCCUGACCUUGUUCGUGGACUCGGAGCGGCACAAGCACGCCAUGAAGGACACGGACCGGCUGAAUAAGACCAUCUUCAUCGCCUUCAUGGCGGCGCUCAUCGUGGAGGCUGCGCUCAACAACGUGCUCCUCUUGGUCCAGGCGCCCAAGUUUGUCGAGCUCUUGCGAAUCUGUGGCUUCAUCGAGCUACACACUGCUGUGCCUCCCUACGUGCAGCGACAGACAGUCCGCUUCGCAUGGGCCAUGGUGACCUUCCAGUGCUGUCAAUUUCGAACCCGCUGCAUGGACCAAGAGCGGAGCAGGAGGGAUGGAGCAGUCUUUUCAAGUGUGUCUCCUCCCACGCAGGUUGCCGCCAUCAUCCUGAACGUGGCCCUGAACGUCCACUCGCACUUCGGCACGGUGCUGCUGGCAGAAGGUGGUCGCCAGCUGGACCCGCUUGUCAUGAACCUAGCCGUCAGCAAUGGGUUCGUGGGUGUCGUGUACCUGUCCGCCAUGUGCCUCAGCACUCGACUCCUUCUCAUGUACAUCUCCAGGGCCGUCGCGCUCUACCUGGGCUGCAUCUACAGGAACCUGGACCAGUGCCUGCGAUCGAGGAGCACUCCGGAAAGCAGGAAAGUGCUGCUGGUGGACCACAUGCGCGUCCAGUUGGCGCUGCUGAAGAACUGCGUCGACUUGGCCAGCUCGCUGCUCGGUCCGAGCCUGCUGUACGCCUACGCGUACAGCGUGGCCAUCCUGUGCGCGGCCGCUUACUACACCAUCAUCCCGGAGCUGGAGUUCCGCGUCCGACUCUUCUUCUUCUUCUUCGGCUCGCUGCACUGGCUCAGCGUCCUGCUGCCCACCGUCACCACGCACCGCAUGAAGGGAGCCGUCAUCGAUUUGCGGAGCGCAGUGCAAGGAGUGUCAAUGGCUGAUUAUUCCGACGACCUGCUAGCACAGCUGCGGAUGAUGCUGAACAGCAUGAAGCACGACGACCUCAGGUUUACGGGCUGCGGGUUCUUUGUGGUGGACCUGUCGACGUUCGCCGAUAUCAUGGGUGCUGUCAUCACGUACACCGUCGUGUUGGUCCAGACGAACGAAAGCUACUUGAGGGGUUCGCUUGAACAGUGCACAAACCAUACAAUCGCCUAGGCAAAAACACCUAGAAAUGCAAAGCAUGCACCGUGUGCAAGCAGUACGAGGUCCCUCUAAACCGCAACGUGAGCAGGAGCCUGCUCGUUUUCUAAUACAGAACAAGAAGUGACGGCACCAUGCCUAUGUGCAUGUAAAACCAACGAAAAAACACCAAACAAAAAUAAUGACACAGAAAAAACAAAAAGUUACGCUUGGCGCUUGUUUCAAACCUAAAUGAAGACGUUUUCAAUAAACUUAAACGUAAAUUUAAAGGAAACUUAACUCGAAACACGGUGCUCUAUGUAUGUAGCACACUUGUACGCCUCUCGAUCUCCACCACUAUUUCUCGCUUCUAUAUUUUAAGCGCUGUAGGAAGUCUGUACACGUGAUUAAAUAAAUUAAUGCUGACAAGUAUCAAAUUCUAGCUGCUAAUUCGCCAUGAUCAGAAAUGAAUGAUUCAGACGUGUGUGCCCGACACAAAAUACGCACGAACAUUAAACAUAAACAUUAUCAGUGGUUACAACUUGAUUGAUUCCAGGCAAGGUUGGGUUACAAUAGAGUGGAUGAGGAUGUUGCUGUCAGUGCAAUAAAAUCACAAGUGAUGGUAA